UUGCCGGCAGGAGUCGUUGUGUAGGCCGACUAGAAUCUGUUCGUGGUUCCACGUGUUUGUGGUUAGUCAAUUUUAUUUACUUUAUCAUUAUUUUUUUCUAUGAAUACCGAAAAUGGGAAAGACAAAACAGAGGAGAAAAACACAUCGUAACCGUCCUACUGGUUUACCCAGUGUCAAAGAAGCAGAAACGGAUGAAUUAUUGGAAGAAUCUCCUAGUAAAUACCAGACCCUAAUCGAGAAAUUGCAAAGCGGGAACAGAGAAGAUAAAGAAUGCGCCGCUUGCACCAUAGCCAGUUUGGUUAAUCGUCCGGAAGCGGUGGAAUCUCUGCUGCAAGCCAAUAUAGUCAAGAUCGCCGGUCCUUUGUUACUCGAUCCUAACCACGUGGUUCGAUAUACUACGGCAGGAGCGUUGAGAAAUCUGAGCGUGGGAGGACACGACGUUUGCCGCGAGAUGAUACGCCAGGACGUGAUGACGCCGACGGUGGCUCUUCUCCGACAGUACUAUCGCCAGUGGUUACCCGCCAAAUCGACGGAAUCGAAAAUUGAUUCGGAAAAGGAAACUUUCUGCGAGGCCGUCAAUUUACUAUGGAAUCUGUGCGAAAGCAGCGAAAUUGCGGUCGAUAUUAUUACUAAAGAGCAAUUGUUACCCAUUCUCGUUUCCUGUCUGGAUGUCAAAAACUUUGAUGUUAAAGUUUGUGUGACUGUCUCCCAGUGCCUAAAUACGAUUUCUGAAGAUAACAGUGAAGUGAUUGAAGCUCUUCGCAAGCCCGAAAUUCUGGAAACUAUACAUUCUUUAGUCAGUCUUCCUCAGAAUGACUCUCCUUGGUUGUUGCUCAGAGCAUUAGCUUCCAGUUUGAUGCUGAAUAUUUAUUCUGAUACGUUUGGAAAUUGCCCUCCAGUGGCUACCACUUCCAUUAUAAAAACAAUCACUGAAGUUCUGAGUGCAGAAGUGGGUCUUCUACUUAAAUCAUUGGCAGAGAUGAUAGUCAGCUAUAAGGAAGGAAAGAAAACAAAUCAUAAAACAGCCGAGGAAAUUGAAAAAAAUGAUGCCGUACUAGAGACGAUGUUAUCUCAGUCGUCUGACAUGUUGAAUGCUCUACAUAUUAUUUUAGAACUAUUAACAAACUUGUGUGCUUGUGAAGAUGGAGCCGAUAAAUGGGAUAAUCUGAGCAGUAGCGAUACGAGUGAUGACAUCACUGAUGUUUCGAUGGAUGGCGAAGAAACUGAUGAAUUUCAUAAAUUCUUGAAUAUUCCUUGUGAACUACAUGAGGCAAUUGUCAGUCAGUCACUGUUACAAAAAAUUCUUUCUUUUGCUGCUGGACCAGCCGAAGAAAUUUCCACAGUUUUACAAAGUUUUAAACAAAGUAGAGAUUUUUUGAAAAGGAUUCAGGGGAUUCAAUAUAGAGCUCUGUUAUGCAUAAGUAAUAUUGUACAGUGUCUAGAUAUGGAAGAUAUGGGAGGAGUGGAUGCUGUCUGUCAGAUUUGGAUGAAUUUGGCAAGACUAGCUUUCAAGGAUACAGAUGUAAAUAAUACUCAGAUGUUAGAAGCAAGCAGUAGUGCUGUACGUGCAAUAUUACAAAGACUUCUGGAAUGUAAAGCAAACUCUCGAAUGCAGCAAGUAACUUUGGAUGACGUUCAAGUUUUGAUUAACAUUGGACGUCAGACUUCCGACACGAGAAUUAGGAUUAACGUCAUUCGAAUACUUGCAAAUUUAAGCAAUCUUUUAAAUAAAUCUUGUGAUGAUUAUUCAGAAAUUAUAAAGACUAUCGGUCUGUAUUUGCUAGAAGUGAGUAGCAAAGAUGCAGAACUUCAUGUUUCUGCAGAGGCGCUGGAUGCUAUCUUUGACGUAUUUGCUGAAGACGACGUCGAUCCCUUAGCCCAACAGAUCCAGCUAUUAGAGAGACUAAAAAAUCUUCUUUCGGCAUUAAAAGGAAAAAUCAACCUAAAGAAGAAAAAUUUGGGCGAACAUUUUCCCAUAGUUAUGACAGCAAAAAUGAAUCUUAUACGUUUCAUUAAGUAUAAGACGAAUUAUUACGACAAUCGAUGAGUUGAUUAUCUGUAUAUUUUACAUAAAAAUAAAUUUAUUGUUGAAUUUUUGUGCAUCUGUCUUGAUCUGUAUGAAAAUAUUUUGAAUGUAGAAUUUCAUAUUAUUAGUAUAAUAAUAUCGCCGAAAUCAAGACAUGUUUUAUGUUCGACAUUAAAGGUCCUGCCUAUAUAGAAGUGUGGAAGAGGAAGCAGAGUCACGGUCAUCAUUACUUGCACGUGGGUACACUUCAUUGUAUCUGUCAUCCUAUUAUAUUGAGUGUCCCGUAGGAGUUAUGUUGAUGAUUGUUCAUUCUUUUACGGGAAUUUAUGGCACUGAGUAAGGGGAAAUGAAAGUUAUUUUGAUGUUGACAACCCUCGGUCGGCGUGAAGUUGCCGGAGAAAGUUUAACACGCUGUAGCCAGACUUCCUAUGAUGGUAUACGGCAGUCUGAACAUAGCUUUUUAAACUUUUCGAUGACUUUAUGUCAACUGAGGAUUACACAACUCAAAUUCUUUCCUCUUGUACUUUACCUGCAAACAUCAACAUCAUAACUCCUACAUUGCUAGGUUUGAGACAUCCCAUAUUCAUUGUUAAUAAGUGCUGAAUUCAACUAAAAUUUAGAGUAUAUUAAAUAUAUACAGAAUCGGGUUCAAAGUUGUUGUAUAAAAAGUUAUAUGUAGUUAACUGGUUAAAUCUCUAAGU